AUGCCUACCUAUGAGCUCCGAUCUGGUGGGGAUGCAAGAAACAAGAAGCAGAGUGUGGCCGAUCUCAAGUAUCGCCGGUUGACAGAGCUCAAUGCUCGGCUGAAGGAGGAUCUCGACCGGCCCCGAGUCAAGGUGUCAGAAGCGGCCAUGUCGCUGAUUAAUUACUGCAACAACACCCGUGACUUUAUGGUACCUUCUGUAUGGGGACAGGUUGACAAGCGUGAAGACCCAUACGCCCCUCAGCAACAGGGAGGUUGCUGCACAGUCAUGUAA